AAAUAAGACGGUAUAUUUUGGUAUAUGUCAGACCGUAUAUUUUAACGAUAAAUCCGCGGUCACACAAAUUUCGUCGCUCGCCUGCAAUAUUUAUUGCAAAAAUGCGUUAAAAGUCUAUAGUUUAGCUAUAAAUAGCGCGUAAUAAUACUCAUCACCUGGUCGGGCAGGCGUGUGCAGUGAAAUCCGGGCGAAACACUAACGAAAAUGCAACGAAAAACGUAGACGAAAAAAAAUGAAAUCUAGUCAAGAAAACGAUGUAAAUGGAUGGGGAAGAGACGAGGCUACAACAACAACAACCACUGGACGACCGAAACGAAAAACGCAAAUAAAGUGACACGCAGAACGCAGGAAGAAAAUACAACAAAAAAUAUAUAAAAUAUAGUAUAAAAGAGAGAGAGGAGAGAUCAAACCAAACAAAAAUAGAGAGCAACAAAAGCGAGCAUUCAAAUCAAGUGUGACCCUCUCUCUCUCUCGCACUCUCACGCUCCCCUUACUGUCUCUCCUUGACUGUGUGAGUGAGUGGGUCGGUGCAGCCCACACACACACUCAGCCACCCACACGCAGUACCGUAGCAUAACUGCUGUUGUUGUUUUGGAUUUUGUUGUUUUUGUUGGUGGGGUUGAAAAGCUAUUGCCUGCAUAACGGUUAACGCGUGACGUGAGAUCCCACACAAAAACAGUAAGGGUGACCACCACCCCACCUUUCACCCAAACCCUUUCGGAGAACGGCCGCCCCGCCUCCCCCCUCUCAAAAUGAUGGACAACGACGAUGCGCUGCUCAACAACGGUGGCCCGCAGUCGGGAGCGGAGACCGUCUACGGCACGGAGGACAACAAUAUGGUCAUGUCAGAGAAGAAUGAUCAGGUUGUCAGCAUCGUCCAGCAGCUGGCGGGGAGCAUUUAUCAGGAGUUCGAGCGGAUGAUCAAUCGCUACGACGAGGACGUGGUGAAGAACCUGAUGCCGCUGCUGGUGAACGUGCUGGAGUGCCUGGACGCCUCGUAUCGCAUCAAUCAGGAGCAGGAUGUCGAGUUGGAGCUGCUGCGCGAGGACAAUGAGCAGCUGGUGACGCAGUACGAGCGGGAGAAGAGCGCCCGCAAACAGUCCGAACAGAAGCUACUGGAGGCUGAGGACCUGGCCGAGCAGGAGAACAAGGAGCUGGCCACACGCCUCGAGUCCGUGGAGAGCAUUGUGCGGAUGCUGGAGCUGAAGCACAAGAACAGUCUGGAGCAUGCCAGUCGCCUGGAGGAGCGGGAGACGGACCUCAAAAAGGAAUACAACAAGCUGCACGAGCGGUACACGGAGCUGUUCAAGAAUCACGUGGACUACAUGGAACGCACCAAGAUGCUGAUGGGCUCCACGCACUCACAAAUGAGCACCGCCUCCGACCGCAUGGAAGUGAGUCGUGCGCGCCUCAAUCCCGUGGCCCGCAGCUCGGGUCCCGUCUCCUACGGCUUCGCCUCGCUGGAGAACUCCGUCAUGCUGGACACCGAGACCAUCUGCAGCGUGGGCAGCCAGUCGGACGACUCGGGGCCGCCGUCGCUGCAGAAUGAGCUGGACAUGAGCCUGCCCAGUACGGCGGAGAGGGGCGCAGCCACCGAUUCGCUGCAGCAGCAGCAUCAGGCCACCUCGCCCCAGAGUCCCCCCGACACCAGUCCCGUUGUGCCAAACGUGCCUCCCGCAAAUGUUGGUCGCUCGACCACCAAAAAGGAGCAGCGCUCGGACAAUAAUCUCUACCAAGAGCUGUCCUUCCAGGACAAUGAGGAGAGCGAAGAGAAUGAGAUUGUUACAGGCUGCUGGGUACAUCCCGGAGAGUACGCGUCCUCAGCAAACGACAACUAUUUUGGCAUGGGCAAGGAAGUGGAGAAUCUCAUCAUGGAGAACAAUGAGCUGCUGGCCACCAAGAAUGCCCUGAACAUUGUCAAGGAUGAUCUGAUUGUCAAAGUGGAUGAGCUGACGGGAGAAGUGGAAAUUGUGCGCGAGGAGCUGAGUGCCAUGCAGCAGUCGAGGACGAAGCUCAGGCAGCGCAUCAGCGAACUGGAGGAGGAGCUCAAGAAGACCAAGGAGCAGGUGAAGCAACAAAACACCGAACAGGAGGAGAACGAUGUGCCGCUCGCACAGCGCAAGCGUUUCACUCGCGUCGAGAUGGCCAUGGUCCUCAUGGAACGUAACCAGUACAAGGAGCGUCUGAUGGAGCUGCAGGAGGCAGUGCGUCUCACGGAGAUACUGCGCGCCUCGCGCACCGUCGACAACUUGGACAAGAAAUCGAAGCAGAGCAUCUGGAAGUACUUUAGUAAUCUUUUCACCCCCUCCAAUCGCCCGACGGAACGCAUCGCCGACGGGCUGGGAGGGGGGCCGAUGUUUCGUAAUACCGGGGGAGGAAGUCCUGCCCACAGCCACGGAUCCCCAAGCCGUGGAAGUGGGGACAAUCGCCUUACCUUAGCCGGCUCCCAGCCGCCCAUGCAUCCCGCGAGCGCGGGGCUCGCCAAUGCCCUGGUGAUGCCCAAGGACUACUCCGAGGACGGGGGCUCGGAGCGUAUCAGUGCGAGGAGGCGGGAGCAGUACCGGCAGCUGCGCGCCCAUGUCCAGAAGGAGGACGGACGCCUGCACGCGUAUGGCUGGAGUUUGCCCAUCAACAAGGCCAACCAAGAGGCCAAUCCCAGCCGGCACUCGGGCGGCGUUCCGGUGCCCGUCUACUGCAAUCCCCUGGCCGAGGCCUCGCCCCACAUGAAGGUGUUCUGCGCGGCCGGCGUCAAUCUCCACGGAGGCUUCACCAAAGACGGCCAAUCGCUGAUACCCGCCGACUCGCCAUACGCCCCCAAGUCCACGCUUAAAAUCACAGAGAUCACGAGUCCGACGGCGGAGCAGAGCGUCGAGGCGCUGGACAGACAGAUAGCCCGCGCCAGCCUGGAGACCUUGGAGCCGGAGACGCAGCUGAGCUCCUUCGUGUGGAUCUGCACGAGCACCCACGCGGCCAGCACGGUCAGUGUGGUGGAUGCCAACCAGUCGGCCACCGUUCUGGAUGCCUUUCCCAUCUGCUCCUCCCACUUGCUGUGCAUCGCCUCCGUGCAGGGAGCCAUGGAGAGCGACUACGCGCUGCUGGAACAGUCGGAGGUGGUCAAGGCGGGCGAGAUGCUGCAGCGGCCCGGGGAGGGCACAGAGCUGCUCGGCAAAGUGGAGUUUGUGCGCGUGAAGCCCAAGUCCGAGGACGAGCAGAACAGCAACAGCAAACCCCAGCAGCAGCAGCAGGACGAGGAGGAAGCCAAGGAGGCCACGGAGAAAUCCAAUGAGCCACUGCCGCCCGUGAAUGCCGAGGAGCCGCUCGUUAAUGUGGAGGCCAUCAAGAUACGCCAGGCCCUGCCCGGCGCCCCCCAGCGUCUCUCCAGCGGCAACAGCGGCAGCGACGGUAAUCAGGCGAACAACAACAACAGCAGCAGCACCGGGAGCGUUCUGUUCGCCACCAAGUCGUUGAACCCCAUUCUGGGGACGAAGGAGCGCGAGGAUCCGCCAAUGACUUCGGUGGGACCGACCAUGUGGAUGGGGGCCCAAGACGGCUGGCUGUACGUCCACAGCGGGGUGGGGCGGUGGCACGAGUGCCUGCACCGCGUUCUCCUGCCGGAUGCUGUCCUGGCGAUUGUGCAUGUGGAGGCGAGGGUUGUUGUGGCGCUGGCCAAUGCCCAGUUGGCCGUGUUCCGCCGCCAAACAGACGGCCAAUGGGAUCUGAAUAGUUAUCACCUGGUGACGCUCGGUGAUCGCAAUCAUUCGAUACGUUGCCUCUGUGUGGCCGGCGAGCGCAUUUGGGCGGCGCAUCGCAACAAGAUCUUCAUUGUGGACCCGAUAUCGCUCAACAUUGUGCACUCGCUGGACGCGCAUCCGCGCAAGGAGAGCCAGGUGAGGCAGAUGGCGGCCACAGGUGCCGGUGUCUGGGUAUCCAUACGACUGGACUCGACGCUCCGUCUGUACAACACGCAUACGUUCGAGCACAAGCAGGACGUGGACAUUGAGCCGUAUGUGUCCAAAAUGCUCGGCACUGGCAAGCUGGGCUUCAGCUUUGUCCGCAUCACCGCUCUGAUGGUGUCCUGCAACCGCCUGUGGAUCGGCACCAGCAACGGGGUGAUCAUCUCGGUGCCACUGGCCGAGGUGCAGCAGAAGACAUCAUCCGAUCCCCAUGGCCAGAUGCCGCUGUGCUGCAUGGCCAAUGCUCAACUCUCCUUCCACGGCCACCGCGAUGCGGUCAAGUUCUUUGUUUCCGUGCCGAUGCUGCAGCAGCCGAACCUGAACGGCGGACUGACCUUCGUGAACAAGCGGCCCGAUAUGCUGGUCAUGUGCGGUGGCGAAGGCUACAUCGAUUUUCGCAUAAGACAUGAUAAAUUCGAUGCUAGCGAUAAUGCAGCGCAUUUGAUAGUUUGGAAAGUCGAUACAUGAUAAUGACAUGGAGAACAGUAUUCAACUGGAACCAAAUCAAACGAUCGAGAAUCGAGGCGACAAGAGCUACUUGAUUGUGUGGCAUGUUAGUCAACGUUGAGGCCGAUCCGAUGCGAUCCGAUCGAUACGAUUCUUCGGCUUGAACGAGAAGUGCAAAUGAUAUAAUUAAUAAUAUUUAUAGCAGUUACGAGUACUAUCUAAAUACGCAUAAUGUAUAAUCUACUUUAUUGUGCAGCAGGCUAGCGAAUGGAAUACCUAAACCCUAAAUCCUAAACCUUAGUAUUUAUCUAACAAUACAAUACCCUUCUACAUACCCCCUUAAAUCCACACGAUGACAAAAUACCAACUAAUAUUAAUUAAUGGGUUCUCUAGCAGUCGUACCACGUACUCUUAAUUUAGUUAAACAAAUCCGAUUUUGAGCUUUCGAGGGGCUCUCACAAUUGUUUCAAAUUGCUUCAAAUUUAAACCAAAAAA